GCUUGGUGUGUUUUGGUGUGUCCGUUAACCGCCACAAAACGGCCGGAAUUAGGGUUGACUAAAGGCCGGUCGGUCCUGAAAUAGUAGCGGGAUGUUUACCCUGUAUCCUCCUUGGUGAACUCAGACACGCCGAAAAAAUUCACCAGCCGCCUCACCCCGCUGUGUCCCUCCGCGCAUUCCACAGGCUGGUGGUACAAUUAAGUAGCGCCGUUGCCCCAACGACGCAGCUUUUUGAGAUUUGACUGCAGCAAAUAUAAUCUUUUAUGAGCAAGUAUUUGAAAGAAACAUCUAAUAUUUGACUGCUUUAUUCUACCAGGCCAAUAUACUUCUUUAAACAGUAUAAUUCUUUGAGAUAAUAACGUCUGUAAUUCUUAAAUGUCAAACUAGUCGCCUACGUUUGAGCCAGAAGAACUCUAAACAUGAUUUAGAGAAGGCUAUAAAUUAGAUAUGAAAGUAGAUGUACAAGUUCCCAACUUUAAAGCUGUCUUUACAUUGAUUCAACAACAAACGACAUGAGCAGACCAACUUUCGGUCGUCAUCCCUGACACUGUUUAAGCCAGAGCCAACUCUCAACCACAUAAUUACAUGUUAAUAAGCAUUAGACGACCUAAUGCUGAGCUAUCAUUUUCAAAAACUUGCUGAUCAGAACUAGAAAGUUUGCCAAAUGAAAACAGGCAAUUAAUGAAAAACUUACUGCUCUCCAAUUUGCCUGAGGAUUAUUAUUCUUGUACUCCAGAGACAAACUUUCCAAGACAUUUUAACAAAAGUAUAAUCUUUCUAGUGCUUGAAACUUAACUUUGUGCCAUCAUGGAAUCCGCCAGAUUUGAGGCAACCAUUCCCAAAAUCAAGACCAAGCACAGGACUGUGGUUUCUUCACCGGCCUUGCUCAACACAGACAGCAAAUGAUAUUUUAAUCCUUUACUGUAACACUAUUUAUUGCCAAAUAGUGUGACAUGUCAGGCUAUAAAAAGGUUAUCUCCAAAUUAGGUAGGCAAUGGGAGAUUUCCAGGUAAUGACAUGAAAACAUGCAAAGUUAGAAAAUAACAUUGUGCAAAAUGGACAGAACAGAAAAGAUUACAGUUCUGCUGUACAAAAACUGUCUCUACUGCAUAUCAGAAUUGUAGUUUUUCAUCCAAUCAAAAAAAAUGUUUUUUGUCUUUAUUUUGUGCAAUUUGAUAUUUAUUCACUUUUGUCCAUGUUGCUGCAUGGUCCUCCUCAGGUUCUUUUAAAUAUGACCAUUUUGCUGGUCUCCAUUUUGUUCAAUUUAAUAUUUGAUAUUUAGUUGAUAACUUUAGUAGUUGUCGUCCACAGUUCAUGUACUCUAAAAUGCACUUUACUCAAUAAAAUAAGGUGUAUUUAUGUAAAAGAUUUGAGUCUUUAAAGGUUUUUUUUUUAUAUAAAAACUAAAUUAGCUUGGUUUUAAUUUUAUAAAAGUGACUUAAGGACCAUGGGAAAAUGUGGGUGACCAGUUGAGAACCACUAAUGUAUGGCAAAGCUGACACUUAAAUAUCUCAGAAUACAUUAUUUAAAAAUGAAAAAAUGCAGAAUUAGUAAUUUUUUAAAACUUCUUUAUACCUAAUUUCUCUCAUUAAAUGUUGUCUGUCUUUCCAUUUUUGUAGUUUGUUUGGUUUCAGAACUAAGUUAUGACAGAGAUUAGGUCCUGCACAUUUUGAGGUAAAAAUAACGUAUUAAUAGGUAUAUUAUUAUGUGAGUUAAUGUCUUUGUUUACAUGGGGAGAAACUGUGGAAACAAGAAUUUUGCUAGUCGAAGUUCCUGUGACUAAACACUUCCGAAGAAGGAGAGUGGGUGGACACUAGGUUUAAGUCCCGCCAAUUUCGUCAAACUACUGGUCUACUCUUAAUGUCAAAAAAACAUAUCUAAGAGCUCUCUUUUUGUUUUAUUUUCAGCUAAAUUUGACUGUGGAAACGGUGUAGUGGACACAUCCUGAGGGACUUUGCGUAUGAAUGACGAAAGAGGCAAUGGCUGGAGGAAAGGUGUUCCGGCUCGGUGGGGGAAACGAGCCGCCGCUGACUGAUAAAGGCAGAGUGAUGAGUCAAGCGGAACCGACACUAACGGUCGCUCGGUGUUCGUACUUUCAAAAUAAAAGACAGAUUUCUGCCGCGUUGUCAAGAAAAGCUAGAAAAUCGUAAUUUCGAGGCUGCUUUCGACAUUGUUUUGUUGAAUAUAAUAAGUAGCGUCCAAAUAAGAUGUUACAAAAGCUGUAUCGUUCUUUUCUAACGAGCAGAAAUGGUCCAUGAAAGGUUUCAACCGGAUGUACCUUCUUUAAACAAAGUGAACAUGACAGAGCCGUAAAAAAGAGGGGGGAGGUAAGUAAUUAUUUAGGGGGAAGAAAGAAAGAAACAAAGUUGUCGACCGUGCAGCGCACACGGGGAGGGAUUUUAUUUAUCUCGAGUGACUCGUUUAAACCAGCACCGGUCUGCUGGGUGGAAGCGUAACGGCGCACCGGUUCCCCUUCAAAUCCUCCCCUCCGACCAAACUUUUCCGCUACUAUUCCACUGAAUCCGGGACAGGAUUUCUUCUCUUUGAAAACGGGAAAGAUAAAAGCUUUCGAGCUCAGGCGGAUGGACGGACAGACUGUGGAGUCUAGCGGGUGCCGAUUGUCUGUUUUCUGUUGAUCGAGUUAGAAGUUAAAGGUUAGUUUGAGUGAACGGAGUUUUCCUUUUUUUUCCUGAAAUGAAUGGCAGGAGACGGGUGAGUCAACUAUCUGGACACAAACGGAUUUAUUUUCUUGUCUACACUGGACCCACACGAAGCGGUGAUAGCCUGCAACUCGCUGCACCUCACCGCUUUGUGUUUCUUGAAAGCGGAUUGAAACGGAGAGACACCCCACGCCACACUGGAAGACUACAUUUCUAACAUAUUGAACCCUGGUGUGUUUGAGAGACUGUGCAAGUAACGGAGAAGAAGAUGCAGAUGUGGAGCCACAUGAGGGUCCACAAAGGAGGCCCUCCCCGACCAUAGGUCACGCCGUAGUGUCCUGGAUGUAUGUUUCCUUUGCUUCCUGGCUGGAUUGACUUGAACUGAAAAUCUGAUAAUCCAAUGGAUUCUUCCUCACAACAGCCAACCUGUUCCUGUGAAAUUUCCACAUGAGAGCAAGACUCAGAGGACUUAAGUCAUGUAAUCACCCUGAGAUGUCUUAAACGUCUUAUUUAUCUGUUUUGUAUUUAUUGCCUGUACAUAAAGGGUCCUUUUUUGUGCUAGUUUCAAGGCCAGUUUUUGAUUUUGUUGUCAGGAGUUUAAGUGAAAACUUUUUGUUCUGCUGUAUACCCACCCACACUGUAUUUGAGCACAUUUAUCUGUAAUUUAAAGAGGGACCCGACUUUGCCCAGACAAGCACAACGCUCGACAAGGCUUCAUCAUGGACAGGCCGAUAAGCAAGUUGUUGGAGAAGUUAAAGCUAACAGACUCGGGUAGUGUGAAAUUCAACAGUUCAAAGAAAAAGCAGGACUCUGCCAACAACUCUAAUAACAGCAACGCCAAUGCUGGCAUCUCCGGAGGCGGCGGCAGUGGGGGCAGCGGUCUGCCACCAGCUCCCAACUCUGCAGCUGCCUCGCCUUCAAGAACCAGCCAGUUCUCGCUUGCUACUGCAACCACAAGUGAUGCAUGUGUUUCGGUGAGUGGAAGAGGAGGUGGCGGAGGGGGAGGGAUGGGAAUGACUCCCUCUCAGCUCCUCACCCCACCGCCUCCUUCCUCCUCUGUGGGUGCUGUACCUCAAGAUGGUGAGCAACAGCUUCACCCCUCCACCCUGGCUCCACUAAGGCGUCGCUCCCCCCAGCAGAGAGCUUCCUGUUACCUGGGUGAAGGUGUGGAUUCUCACUUGAGACGAGAGUCCGGCCUGGGCCCUGACUGUGAUCCUUCAGGGGUGUUUGGCUCCAAGGGGUCUCUUAAUCAGCGCCGCUAUUCACUGGAGCUCCAACAGCUGGUCAGACGGCAGCAGCUACUCUCCCAACCACCUCCUCUCUCUGUCCCCCCACCGUACCCGGCUGCCACUGGCUAUGGGUCGGCUCCCAGAGGUGGUCUAGCAGAACCAGGCUACCUCUCCGAACCCGAGAGGCACAAACGCCUCUCCCUGCAGGAGGCUCUGUUUUACAAGCGCCUGAGCAAUGGCAGUGAACUCUGGGAGAGCACCAGGCCUGCAUCCCUCUCUCAUCCACCACAUCGAACAUCAGAUAUGACUGGAGGAGGCGUAGGGGGAAGCUUCUUUUACCCUCCAGGACCAACACUGAGCCCAUGCUCUUCAUUCAGUCUGCAGGAGUCAGUCCUGGUCAGCCCCAGGUCCAGCUUCGCCUCCAGCACAGCCAGCGGUGGUGGAGGUGGGAGCCCCAUGGGAAGCCGUUGCAGCAGCAACCGGACGAGUGGCAUCAGCCUGGGCUAUGACUCUCGCUACUCUGCCUCUGGAGGCCUCCCUCCACAGCAGCAGUCCCCCUCCAUGCAGACAGGGGGCUCUGCUGCAGGUUAUGCCGCUCAAGGCAGGGCUGGAGUGACCCCUGUAGAGGCCUGGACUCAGUACCUGGAUGGAGGGAUGCGCCAAGGUGCCUACGACAGCCGGCACUCCUACCCACCUGCUGUUGGAAGUCCUGCAGCAGCGUGCUACCAGGCCGGACCAGAGUGGUGGGAGGAGCAGCAAGCGGGAGCAAGGGCCAAAGAAGGUGUCGUACUGGGAGACAGGGCCCGGUACUCAGACCUGCCUGGCACCUGGUACCAGGAACAGCUCACUAGACUUCUCCUGAGAGAUGCGGCGCUGGAAGGUGGGGGGCUCCUGGAGGGCCUGAUGUUGAAGGAGCAAUCUAUGGCGCUGACAGCCAUCUCCAAACCCAACACAACAACAAUAGGGCCGUGCUCAGCUGGGGGGCCAGGCAAACCCCAGGACGAUCCAGGAACCGGAAGGGAGGGCACGGAGAACCGCCAGGAAUUCUUUGGUGAGAUCCUUUUUUAUAACCUAUUUAAAACCAGAUGGUCAAAUCGGCAAAGGGUAGUCGAUGUUGGUACCGGUAUGGGUGUUGGCCCCAUGUAUACUCCUUAUCGGCCAAUCAGUAUCGGUAAAGCGGUAUCAGACAUCUCUGCUGCUUCACUUUUGAUGUGCGGUAUUCUAGCAUCUGCCGCCAGUGUGUUAUUACCGUCCUCAGACCGCCUGGUGUCAGAUCACAGGUUUCUCUCAAAAUGAAAGGGUUGUAUGGAUGGAUGCACGGAUUAAUAGUUAAAAGCGGAGUAUGGAUGGAUGGUGCAUCAUGACCUGCAGAGACAUGCAGAGUAGGCGCAUGCAAAGCAUAAAGGAGGAAGGAGAAACCGCUCGGGCUUCAGAUCCAGACAGGUAGAUAUUUGGUCAUGAGGAAGGGAGAUGUCAGCUGUUUGAAGGCGAUGCUUAUUUGUUACACCAUUUUGCACCUAAAAGGCUAAUGCAGCAUAACUGCACGGUGAUUAAACUGCAAAAUUCUGCUUUAACACUCAGACAAUAAUUACACACUUCCAUACAAACACAACUCGGGUCAUUACCAUGAGUCACACAAGAUUAAGGCUCAGGAUCUUUGUGUUUGUGUGUGUGUGGCAGGCAGGAGUGUGUAACUGUGCCUGGUUGAAUUAAGGGUGUGUUCCCCCCCCCUCCAGAGUGACUUCAGGCCACAAUAACGCAGCGUGUGUGAGUCAUACGUGUGUGUGUGUGUGUUGAGUAUGUAAUGCUGCCUUGGCGUGUGCAGAGGCGGUGUGUGCUGCAGCCUGUUUUUCUGCUCAGGUAUGUGUGCCCGCAGGGGACAAACAAUACUGUACUCCUCUCAGCCAUUAAGAGGAGGAAUCAGGGGCUGAGAGGCGUGAAGGCAGACGCUCUCAAACCAGUUAACACACACACACACACACACAGUCACGUACCAAUAAAGAGAAAGUAAAAAUGAAACAAUGAAUGAGUUUUAAGCGCGUAAAUUCACUGAAAUUCUCAGUAGAAGCAUGUGAAGCAAACUUUUGUAGGUCAACAACCUUCAAAAGUUUCUUCCUUGAAAGAAAAAAGGUCCAAAGUUGAACUCAAACCAGUUCCCUCUGUUAUAUUUCUAUAUGUAGCAGUUACCAGGCGCAAAAUUUAAAGCCCCGUGUUUAUCCUUUUUUGGUUCGGGCUUUGGCGGAGAUGCUUGUUCCUAAAUAUCCGAACCAGUGUCCAAGAGUGUAGGAAUUCUGUGUUUGUGUGGCACUCCCUGGGCCACAUUAGAAAGGAAAAUACGCAGUAGGCAGACCCUUUAAAUAGAUCACAGGAAGAAGGGGGAAAAAAAAAGGCAGUGGCUCGGACCACCACACCAAUUUUCCACCUUACACUUAGAGCUCUUGUAGUGAAGUUUGUUAGAGGGGAAACCGAGCAGCAGAAAAACCCGAACUGAUGCUAAUUUUUACUGCGACACGCUUGUUUACUUUACAGAAACAGAAGAGGAGUCCUUUAGCAUAAUGUAGAGUAGAAAAAAACUCAAACUUGGAUAAAAGUUUUUGAUUUAAUUUCUGGGUCCUUCCCUGAGGUAGUGGAGCAUCCUAACAUCAAGAGGGAACAUCACUAUCUCCUUUAAUCUCCAAAUUGCUCAAAUUGUGGGCUUUACAGUCAAAUUUAAAGGAAAGUCUUAAGGUGAAGCACUCCAGAAGAAAGAGUCGUCUGUUUUGUGGACUGACUGCCAAAGACUCAGAUCCGGUGGAGUUUCCCUUUAAUAACAGAGCCUGAGCGCAGACACUUGUGUGGAUGAGCAAACAGGCUGGCAUGGCUAACCGGGGUUUUAACUGUGUGAAAAUCCCCUAGGUGGUGCGAACGAGAGGAUUUACAAGUUUUGACACUUAGUGAGGAGUUGGAUUUCAGACACAUCCUCUUGGAAUGCGUCGUAAACCAAGUGUUAAGAGCCGCUGAGCGAUCACUCUUCACUAAAUGUGUGUUUGUGUGUUUUUUUAUUCGCCCCCCUGUUGUCUGGCAGGAACCUGCGUGAAGUGUGGGAAAGGCGUGUACGGGGCGGAUAAUGCCUGCCAGGCUCUGGAUAGUCUCUAUCACACACGGUGCUUCACCUGCGUGUCCUGUGGUGAGUUCCCCCACCCCAGCCUGCAGACACAACAGUCAUCACUGAAUCACAAACAGCCUUUAAAAGAGGAUUUUUCAGCAUUUCUCUUGUGUUUAUGAUGCUCUAAUGACGCUCUCUAUCAUUACUCUGACGUCUGAUCUCAUAAUUAUAACCUCUCAUGUCGUAAUGACUGCUUUCCAUCUCAUCAUUAUGACGAAAAAUCCUUUAAUUAUGAUCUUCAAUUGAAUAUUUCUGACUUUUUAUCUCCAAAGAAGUUUUUAUUUCAUUUUUAAAAUUACUUUAACACUUCAAUAAUGUGAGUUUUAUGUUCCAUUAUCACAACUUUUCAUCUCUUACACUUUUCUUUCUCAGUCAUUUAUGUUUCUUUCUCAUUAUUGUGACUUAAGGUCCUUACACACCGGGGCCGACACGAAUAUAGAACGUGGAAGUAUGAAAUAUUCCGAGGCGAAUUUUGACGCGCCUGACUAAACACAUCAAGCUUGAUGAGAUUUUGUGACUUUCCAGGGGGAAAAUACGUAUCCCGGGGAAAACUUUUGCCAGGGAAAGUCCCGCCUCCUUCGCCUCUGAUUGGCUAGAAAAGCUGGAAACGUCAUCACACGCUCAAGCCAAACGGUCAAUAAGAUAAGCACACGAAACUAUGUAACAACCGUUAGCUAACGUUAAAACAAAGUCGUUUAGCAAACUGUUAAAGCACACAAAACAUCGUCAUAUGAGAAAUCUGACGCUAUGACUCUACACAAGUUGUCCUUCAGGUCGUUAUCUUUGUAAUAUUCAUGUUUUUUAUCAAAAUCACUCUGUUCUCCGAUAUGUAAACAAUCAGCUGCUCGGACAUGUUGGAUAUACCAGUUAAUCUGACGUCCCGACAACAUGAAAUCUGAUUGGUCAGAAGUGGACACACAGUAUGCAAAACUUUAGAAAAUUCGAAAUGAAAAAAUAAAUGCCGCAACAUCGCAAGACGGGAAAACGUCGCCGAUGUGAACGCUUGUAUUGACAGGAUACGGGUUUGAAAAAAAAAAAUAUUAACGUCUGAAAUAAUCGCACGGAAAAACGGUCCCAGUGUGUAAAGACCUUAAAUCUCAUUAUCCGGACUCACCAUCUCAUUCAUGUGGCUCCAUUAAUUCAUACAUAUGAACUCUUCUUUUUAUUUCUACAUCUCAUUAUUGUAACUUUUCCCAUCUCUAAGUUUUGUCCUCCUUACAUUACUAACUUUUUAAAAAUUCUAUUAAUGCGAUUUCCUAUCUUAAUGAUCUUUUCUGUCUCACUUUUUAUACUUUUUCUUUCUUAUUCGGACCUUACUAUCUGAUCACUGACUUUUUCUAUUCAUUAUUGCAACCACUUCUCUCUAUAACUAAUUCUUUUGUAUUUUUAUGCCUUUUCUGCCUCAUUAUUAUGACUCUUUACAACUUUUGUGACUUUUUUUCUAGAGUUUUUAUCCUGUUGUUGUGAUUUCAGUUUAAUUGAUCCAUCUUCUAUUUAGGACUUUUGUGACUCAGACAGAUUUUUCUUGUGACAUUUAAAAAAUCACAGUCACGACUUUUUAUCUUAGUUUAUUCUUGAACUUUUUGUUCCUCUUCUUCAUGACUCCUUUGCUCUGUUCUCUGAUUUAAUGAGGAUCUUUAAAGAAAUACCAGAUUUUUGAUCUUGCUGAGUCAUUUCCUCCCCUCUGCAGGACGCACCCUGAGAAACAAGGACUUCUACAAUGUCAACGGCUCUGUGUACUGUAAAGAGGAUUACAUGGUAAGAGUUGGGGUCAGGGUGUGUUUUGUCAUCCACCUCAAACACACACAGACACACAACAUUCAGACAUGUUGGAGUCAGAGGAUUGAUUUUCCUCUAAUGGUAAUCUCCUUAUUUUAAUUACAGUUUUCGGGAUUCCAGGCUGCUGCGGAGAAGUGUAGUGUGUGUGGCCACCUUAUACUCGAACAGGUGAGGGCGGUGUGCGUGUUUGUGUAUGUGUGUGUGAAGCUGCUGGUUUGUAGUCAGUUCCCAGAAUGCCCUCUAAGAACCCCCAGAGGAUUAAAAAAUGCAGUGACGUCUUUUUCUGUUGGCUCCUCUUCUGGUUCCCAUGUCAGAUUGUUGGAGGAAUGUUUGCUCUGAGUUUAUUCUUCAACAAAAAAAUAAAGGCUGGGAGCGAUCGGCUUAAACCUUUUUACCAUAUUUGAACCUCAAAACACCCAAAAUAUAAAUAGAAAACUCAGAUACAGCCUGGGAUACACAGCCAUCUUGUUGUACACGAUCUGAAAAACUUAAUCGUAUCCAUGUUUGAGGUCAUUGGAAGCUCAAGAUUGCUGGUGAUUUAAGGGAAAAAAAAUGAAUUUGUUGCAAGAUUUGAAAUCUUAGACCAUGAAUGAAGGCCGAUUUAAUUUAAAGAAACAUUUUUUACUUGAGAACUAAAGGUCCUAACACACCAGGGCCGACGCAAAUAUAGAACGCGAAAUUAGGAAAUAUGGUAAAAACCGUUAGUUUACGUUAAAACAAGGACGUUUAGCAAACUGUUAUAGCACAAAAACUAUCGUCAUAUGAGAGAUCCGACGCUAUGUUGUCCUUCAGGUCGUUAUCUUUGUAAUAUUUGUGUUUUUUAUCAAAAAGCACUCUGUUCUCCGACAUGUAAACAAUCAGCCAGUCGGCCAUGUUGGAUAUACCGGUGAAUCUGACGUCGCAACAACACGCAAUCUGAUUGGUCAGAAGUGGACACACAGUAUGCCAAACUUUAGAAAAAUCUACCAUGAUCCGAAAAAAAAAUGCCGCAAUAUCGCAGGACAGGAAAACAUCGCUGAUGUGAACACUUGUAUUGACAGGAUUCAAGUUUCAAAAAAAAAUAUUGAUGUCCGAAAUAAUCGCGUGACAAAAAGGGUCGCGGUGUGAAAGGACCUUAAGAGCUUAAAGAAGAAGCUACUCAAUUUGUCCAAGUUGAGAUACCGAAAAAAAGAGAUAUUUAACGAAACCUAACCUCUGCGUAAAGCUCUUGUUUGGAACUGUGACUUUGGCGUCCCCUGUGGUGAAACCGAUCAUCUCUUUUUGUCUUGUUUGUUUUAGUGUGACAUAAAAAGGCAUCAGUGUUAAUCCAGCUUCAGAUUUAUGGCCACCAAAGAAGUUUUGACUUAAUUUCUAACAAUUUAAAAAUUCUAACCUGCGAUUCUGGUUUCCUUUCAGAUCCUGCAGGCUCUGGGGAACUCGUACCAUCCGGGCUGUUUCCGCUGUGUGCGCUGCUCUAAGGCUCUGGAUGGGGUGCCUUUCACUGUGGACCAUCACAGCAACAUCUACUGCGUGGCCGACUACAACAAGUGAGACUCAUCUUGACGUGCUCCUUUUUAAAAGAGAGCAGAGAGGAAGUUAUCCUGGAUGUCAGUGUUUUAAAUUACCUUUUGUUUAUAACUUUGCAGGACUUUUGCCCCUAAGUGUGCCGCCUGUUUACAACCCAUCUUACCUGCUGAGGUGAGUACAAGUGUAACUUCUUUUCGUUUUUGUCAAAAAUUGUAGAAACAGCUGACAUCUACCUCCUCGCACCGGUUUCAGGCAUCAAAAAUUAAGAUUACAGAAGUGUUGCUCUUGUCUUGAUGGUCUCGUUUGUUUUUGAGCAUCAGAAAUUGGCGUCUCUCUGAAUUUCAGUCUACUUCAUAGACAUCAAGAAACUCCUGUCAUGGCUUCUUAUCCAUUAUGACUUUAAUUCUGACUUUUUCGUCUUAGAGCUCAUCGAUCAAUCUCUGUCUUUGUGUCUCAGGGCAGUGAGGAGAUCCUCAGGGUCGUGUCCAUGAACAAGGACUAUCACUUUGAGUGCUACCACUGUGAGGUGAGUCCCCUCGCUCAGGAAAAAAAAAAAACUUGUUGCAGUUGUUUUGCCUUUUUUUCUGCACUGCCUGGAUGUCUGACCUCUCUUACCAACUGCAUUCCUGUCUUUAUCUCUUUCUCCUCAGGAGUGUCACAAGCAGCUCUCCGAUAAGCCCGGCUCGCAGUGCUUCCCUCUGGACUCUCAUCUCCUCUGCCACUCCUGUCACAUGAGCAGAGUGUGCGCCUCACACAACAUUCCCCCUCACAGCAACAACACACACUGAUGCAGCCGUGGACGUCGGAGAAGCUGGUCUUAACGUUGCUUUCUUUAGCUCCGCCUCUAAAAUGAAACUGCUGUAAUUAGGACGUUUCACUGAUUCAUUCGGAUCGGUCCUUAUUGUCACAUGAACUGCCUGCUGUACAUCCUGUACUAUUACUGUACCAUAGUUAUAAGGGAACGGGAAACAAACUACUGCUUUUUGACCCAUGUGGCUACUGUUUGCUGUAGAAGAACAAGGGAUUGUGCUAAACUGUUUUUGUAAAUAUUACCGCUAGCAAACAUUUUGCACUUAAAUUUGACUUUACUGUAAGAGAUUUGUUUCGUGAAUCUGUACAAUUCGGGGAAAAACAUUACUGUAAUUUCUGCAUGUUGUAAUAAAUAUUUUCCAUGUUUCUGUGA